CUCACAUUCAGCUUUUAAAUGUAGCGAUAUUGCCACCUAACGUCAGAUAGACGAACAAUCCACUGCGCAUGCGCCGUUCUCCGGACAAGAUGGCGACGAGCAAUGGUGGAGGAAUGGAAGUGGACGGGGCAGCCAGCCCCAGUGUCAUGGCCUCAGGGGUCACAGGGAGUGUAUCAGUGGCCUUACACCCCUUGGUUAUCCUCAACAUAUCCGACCACUGGAUACGCAUCCGCUCACAGGAAGGACGACCAAUGCAGGUGAUUGGAGCAUUGAUCGGGAAGCAAGAGGGUAGGAACAUAGAGGUGAUGAACUCCUUUGAGCUGCUAUCUCACACCAUAGAUGAUAGAGUACAUAUCGACAAGGAGUACUACUACACCAAGGAGGAGCAAUUCAAACAAGUUUUCAAAGACAUGGAGUUCUUGGGCUGGUACACCACUGGCGGUCCCCCUGACCAAUCAGAUAUCCACAUUCACAAGCAGGUGUGUGAGAUCAUUGAGAGCCCUCUCUUCCUCAAGCUCAAUCCAAUGACCAAACACACUGAUCUUCCUGUUAGCGUAUAUGAAUCUGUGAUCGACAUCAUCAGUGGCGAGGCCACUAUGCUGUUUGCUGAGCUGACGUACACUUUGGCCACAGAGGAAGCUGAGAGAAUUGGUGUCGAUCACGUAGCUCGAAUGACGGCUACCGGAACAGGAGAAAACUCAACAGUUGCUGAACACCUUAUAGCCCAGCAUAGUGCGAUAAAGAUGCUGCACAGCCGGGUGAAGAUCAUUCUAGAGUAUGUUAAAGCUGUGGAAGCAGGUGAGGUACCAUUUAAUCAUGAGAUUCUUCGAGAAGCAAACGCCCUGUGCCACAGACUGCCUGUCCUCAGUACCAUAAAAUUCAAGACCGACUUCUACGAUCAAUGUAAUGACGUGGGUCUGAUGGCCUAUUUAGGAACCAUCACCAAGACUUGCAACAGUAUGAACCAGUUCAUCAACAAGUUCAACGUCCUGUAUGACAGACAGGGCAUCGGCCGCAGGAUGAGAGGACUGUUCUUUUGAGCUGGCAGUUGGCAGACGCAGAGACAAACAAGCACUGCAGGUUCUUUUCUCUGGUCUGUGUUUUUCUUUUUGGUUUGUCUGUAUUUUGGUUUAGCUAAGACAAAAUUCUUCAAGCAACAGUAGCUUUUGAAACCAGUUCACCAUUUUCAACCACAAGUGUAUCUGAAAGCACUUAAUGACACCGAUCAGUAACGCCAACAGAGAGAGAAAGAUAACCGACAGCAUUCUGUUCUGGGUAUGCACAGCAGCAGAUCCACUGUACAUGAACGUUAUUUUAUUUUACCUGUUUGUUUUAUUGUUUCAUGUUUCUGUAUGUAAUAAAUGGUCUGAUUUUUUUUUUCAUGGGA